GUAAACAAUUAUUAACCGCCUUUUGUUCUUAUAAGACUUUCUUUGUGGACUGAAAUAAAAUUUUAAUAAAAUACAUUCGAUAAGUGAACAAAAUGACAAAUACAAGUGUAAAUAGUGCAUCUAACCAGCAUCGCAAUAUAGAAAAUGCAGCACGAGCAAAGAAUCCCUUCGAAAACAUAACAGAUGUUUUAAGCUACAAAUCUAAUACAGCAGAGGAAUUUUCCCUUUAUAGUCGAGCGAAAAAUGAUAUGGAUGGCAAAACUUUGAAAUGGGCCUUUAAACUAGCGGAACGUAAUGUAUCGCCGUUUUACAAACAGUUAAGUAUGGGUUGGCAGCCAAAAGUAAAACAAAGUGAUUUAAACAAGUCCUGGGCAAGAUAUUUGGUAGCGGUAGACGCAAAUAAGACACCUGUGGCUUACUCAAUGUUUAGAUUUGAUAUGGACUAUGGUCACAGCGUGUUGUACUGUUACGAGAUGCAAAUUGAGCCUACUGCCCAAAGACAGGGUUUGGGCAAACAUAUGAUGUUGGCCUUAGAGCAAUGUGCAAAACACUGGAAAAUGGAGAAGGUUGUACUCACCGUACUUAAAAAUAAUGAAAAUGCCAAAGCAUUUUUCAAGGCCAUUGGCUAUACUUUGGAUGAUUCCUCACCCGAUGUAUUAGAAAAAGCUGACUAUGAAAUUUUUUCCAAACCCACUAACCUAACAUAAUUUAAAUUCAUCAUGAACAUCUCUGCCAGCAUAUUUUGUCCAGCUGAAGUUAAAUUAAACUAACAACACAUCUUUAUUUUUACAAAAGAAAAAUUACAAACUAUUUAAACAAAAACUUAAA